AUGAGAGAUAUCAGUUCUGUGUUUCACUGAACUUUGGCAGCAUUGAAAAGAUUGGAUUUACAGCUUGACCUCCAUAUUUACCACACGCCUGUUUGGCAAAAUAGUUUUCUUGAAUGGCAUGCCCCAGUUCUGGAUUUGGUUCAGUGCUGUUUGGUGGGGCUGUUUUGUUGGAAGAGGUAGCUUCCUCCUCCUGUAGCAGGGAGGAUCUAGCCAGGAGACACCUUGGGUGCUGGCAUGGGGUAGUCCUGGCUGCUGCUAGGGAGAGGCAAUUCUAGCAGCAAAGAAUGUCUAGAAUAUAAUGCUUAUUUCUUUUAGUUGCUCCUGCUUUGGUGUCCAGCAGAGACAACCUCUGAGCCCAUUGGCAUGACAGUAGCUUUGGUCACUUUUGGAAAUUUGGGACUAUGUGGGCUCAAAACUGCACCCUUUGCACAGGAGGGCUGAGAUAAGCCCCAUGUCUGAGCUCCAGCCCUGUGUCUUAUUUGAAUGUUUUCAAUUUCCCAUUAACUGUGGAGCUUUAAAAGUUAAACAGCAAGCCUCUUCAGACCCUCUUCUUUCUUUGUUGCUUUCAUGUUUGUUCUCAUUCCAACUCCCUAAGGGGAAAACCAAAUGCCAUUUGCAGUUCACUGCUGUGUAUUACAUUUAUUGCCUCAGUCUUCUCUCUCUCAGAGCAUGAACCCAGCUGACCAACUUCUUAUCAGUUUGACAGGCUGUGACUGUUGUCCUGGUGACCAGCAUAGUUGCACUAUCAUCGUGUACAGAAGGCAGCAAAAGAGAUGCCUCAACCUGUGGGUGUAGCUGUGUGUGCACGUGAUAUGCCAGUAAGUCAUGAAGAUAAGAUCCAAGUCUUGGUCUAUCUAUGUGAAAGAUGAAGCAAAAACAAAAUGGAAAAGCAUGCAAAGUUAAUAGCUAUAAAAGAAGAAAUGGGAGUGUGUGUAGGAGUUGCAAAUGCUCAGUCUUCUCAGCGUCUGAUCUGUGUACCUGUAAUUUAGUGCAUUUGUAUUUGAGGAUGCUUGCCCACCAGCCUGCUGUCUUUUUGCCUUCCUGCCUUUUUCUACCCACUCCAUUUCUUCCAUUUCCUACGUAGGUUUAUGGACAUGAGAAAAAAUACCGUUAGUAACACUUCUGAGUCACGUUUCCCAUCCAGACACACCAUGCUUAACCCAUUCAUAUGACAUAUACACAUUCCUGUACAACAUCAACUCUAACUCACUGAUUUCUCACACAAAUCAAUCAGACUGAUUUUGUGGUGCCCUGUCACAGAUUAUCUGCUAGGUGCUAACAGAAUGCCCUGCUAUGAACAGCAUACGAUCCAAGUGGAAGACAAGGAAGAACAGAUGGAAAGAGAUGGUAAGGGAGCACAAAGAAACAGUGAGACAUCAUUACUCAGCACAUAGGCAACGAUGUCAGCACACCAGCUGCCUAACACUUGGGACAGCUUUUGCAGGCUAUGCAGCAUGUUCUUGUUUCAGCGUUGGCUGGUUCGCUUAGAUAUUGUCAGCUUUCAGCCAUUGCAGACAAUGUGGGAUGGGUAACCUAGAUAAAACCAGAUCCUGGCUAGUCCAAGCUAUAUGUUAGUUAGGGGAUAAGAACAUACUUGGGUCUUCCACCUGUGAAAGGUUUGUAAUAAGCCUGCCAGUUUCUGUGUUGAGCAGGGACAGCUCUAACCUUCUGGGGUCCAAGCUGGUGUGCCCUGUGUUAUGUGUGCAAGUGGCAUGGUCAUGUAGCCAUGGUUGCUGUGGGGAGGAAGUGUCCAGGUAAUCCCCAACCUAGCUAAACUUCUGUAGCUAAUUGAGAGUUGUAUAUGGCUGAUUUACUGUAAAAGCUGGCCUUUCUGAACACUUAUUACCAGGCAUAGCUCCACAGACAUCAACGGAGUCUUGCACUAGACUCAAAAUCGUGGCAAAUGUUCUUAGUUGGACAGAAGGUGUCUGAAUCUUCUUGGAUGAUGAGGAAGACAAAGUAUUUCUGGGGAGCCUUUGCAGGAAGAGGGAGCAAGUGGGAGAAAGCGGCCGGGGAAAAUGCAAGGAUGCUGCCCAAGGCCACGCAUGAGGAGAGGAAGAAGCAGGAAGUGAAGAGGAGAGGGAAGCUGAAAACCAUGGCAGGCAAAUUGCUAAAGGCGGUGGCCAGUGGAAAAGAGGCAGCGGAGGAGAAGACUGGUGGUGUGGAGAUUGCAGGAAAUUUGCUGAAGAUGGCAACCAGUAGGAAGGGAGCGGAGGGUGGGAUGCCUGCAGAGGAAGCCAUCUGUGGGUUCAUUGAACAAGGAAAAUUUCUUGAAGCUUGUGACCAUAUUUAUUAUCUGGAGCAUUCUGGAAACGAUGAGGUGGGAAAGUCUGAAUCACUUUACAAGCUACUGGCUGAACGAAUGUGGACUGUGGUGGGCGAAGCGCUCAGUGGAAGUGGUAGGAUGUUUCUGGAGUCAUUGCAGUCAGUGGGGGAAUCACUGAAGUGGGAGAAGCAGAAGGAAGCAGAGUGGCUUGGCAGCAGCCAAGAGACUGGGCCCGUUUCCACCUGGAGUCCAAACUUCUGGAGGAAAGAUCUGGAGGAACAACUAAUACAGUACAUGACAGCCCAGAUUCCCCCUCUGGGUUCCUCUGCUAACACAAAUGAGACUGCAUUAAAACAGCAUCUGAGUCAGCUGGAAACGUCGUUUCUCCCCAUCCUGGAGCACAGAAGUGGUGUCUUUGAGGACGCAGGACUGCUCAGCACCUACACACACUGCUGUCGUGCUUCUUGGACUUCUCACCUUGCCACACUUACUGACAGUAGCUGUUUCAGCUUCAGCCAAUGCCUUUUAGUUUACGAAUGGGGCCUUAAAAUGUACAAAAGUGGCAGCGAGACAUGUCUGGGACCCAGGCAGACCCCCCAGCACAGCCUUUCCUUUGGUGUAGAGUGUCUCCUGUGGAUUGUUUUGAAGACUGAGGAAAAGUUACUUGCAGCUGCCCAGAAGGAAGUAGGGAGAGCCCUGAAAGAAGCCUUUGAUAUUGGGAAACCCCCUUGUGCAGAUGCUGCAGUGAUUCAGAUACUAACAGAGAAGAUGGAGGCUGCCUGGCGUGUCAGUGAGAGCCUGAGCGAGAAGGUGGAAGCUGUGUGCCUGGAGGAGUGCCUGAGGUUCCUGGAGAGCUAUGAAAAUGAAGUAAGAAACUUUCUCCAGCUCGAUGGCUGCUCAGGGAUCUGCAGUGGCUUAUGGAUCCUGGAGAACUGCUGCAUUCUCAGGGCUGUCUGGUGUAAGCUAACAUACAUUUGCAGUGCCAGCACUGGUCAGGAUGUUAAGGUAAAUGGAUUUCUAGACAGGAUGGAAGAUGAGAUUACAGAGCAUUUUCUGCAGACAGUUGCUUCUAAAGUCAAGGGAACACUGAAGGAGCACUUCAGAAAGUGUGACAGCACUUUUGACAACAUCGUUGAAUCCUUAAAGCAAAGUUUUUUGGCAUUUGGGAAGAAAAAGACAGACAUGUAUGAGCAGGCCCUCGUCAAGGCUGUCAACGCCAUUGUUAUUGCAGAGUAUGUGCAGGCCCUCCUGACCACUUUCAGGAAACCGUCUUCUGCGCAGAGGAGGACGAUUGUCAGCAAGAUGGAAGAAGAUCAUAGGAUGCUGCAAGCCAUCUUUAAAGAAUGCUUAGGUCCUGCAGCUAGUCACCUCAAGGACCCUAUAAGAGCAAUUUUAGAGCUUAUUCAAACUUCCGAUGCUGAGGGGAUGAAAAUAGCCCUUCUGCCCAUUCUCAAAGAAUUUCCUGAUCUAAGAUGCUGAUUAACAUGGUUUAUAACGUUGCCAGGCAUUAACCAGUGGAGUUGAGAUGUCCUUUUGUAAAGGUGAAGGGUGGAUGAAAUGGCUGUCAACAAAGCAGGAGUGCUGUGGAAGAAUACUACCUGAAUGGACGAUUUACAGGCGCACGUGUGCCACAUAUAGGUUUCAAGAACAUCCUUAACUCAGGCAUUUCAUACCUUCCAAGCACUUGGUGUUUGGCUUUGAUACUUCACCAAUCCUUUUCUGAGUGUAAUCUAUGUAACUACACCACAAAAUUCUAGGUGUAUUUAGCAUGAAUAUACACUUCAAUUUCCCACAGGAAGCUGUUCACAGAAAGAAAACCCAAUUUUUAUUAGAGAAGGUGAGAUCUCAAGUAACUGCAUUUGUUCCAAAGUCUGUGGUUUCUUACAUCUAUUUGUUGUUCUGAUGUCUUGUGCUACUGACUGUGUUUUUCCAAGUUAACAUGAUUACAGCAUAGGGCGCUCUGUCACAGGAUGCUGUGAAGGUCAAAAGUGUGAAUAGCUUCAAAUGGGAAGCAGACAAUUUGUGGUAGAUAAUUAUUUCAGUACCUAUUCAACAUGACAGGCAUGGUAUAACCUCCAGUGAAGGAAGUCCUUAAAGUGCAAACUGCCAGAAGCAAAACCCCAAGAAAGACAGAGAGAUCAUGUUAUGCUUCAUCUGGUUUCUAUAUUCUUUUCCUAAGUGUUUACUACUUUUGAAGAUGCUAUUGAGUAAAAGCUGCUUAUCUGAUAGAGCAUAGCAAUUCUUAUUCUCUUGCAUAUAUAUACACACAUAUAUAACACUAUAUAUUUAUAUAUAGUUAUAUAGCAUUGGAAGUGGGCAUAGGAAGUACUCAGAAGAUUAUUUUGGUCCAGAUCUCAGAGGAGGUCAUCCUGGUGUGAGUAGAUGCACAGUCCUUGAUUUCAGCAGAUUCCUGUAUGUUUAAAACUGUUUGGCUUGGAUAUAAUUGCCCUGUUUGUUAAUCAAACUAAAAUGUGUGGCCACACUCGGCAAAGCAAUGCUAUGUAGAAUAAAAAUCUUAGAACCUUCCAGAUGAACAAAAAGUAGCUCCAUUUGAGGCAAGGAAAGAUAUAAAAAAUGCUUCCAAAUGGUCAAAUGGAGAUUUCAAAUGCAACCUUUUUCUAGGAGAAACCUGAACUGAAGAUUCCUUCAAUUUCAUGGGGAUGUUGUGGGCACUAGGCUCGGGACCCAUGAACUCAGCCAUAUCCCACACAGCUUUUGUGAUAUGGCCUCCUCCUUGUUAGGUGUCCAGAGGGUGUCAAAAAGCAGCUCAGCAGUUUCCAGUCUUGGGUCUGGUCCAGCAAAACUGAGUGGUAGGAAGCAAGAUUUUUUCCUUGACUCAUUCACUGACCUGCCUUCUUAUCCUUUUGGAAAGGGAGGAACAUCUGAGUGCAGUGCUGGACAUCAAAGGCUCGCUCAACCGAGAAGACAGAGCUGCUCUCUUGGAGGCAUUUCACAGUAAUUGCAG